AUUCUUAUCCCUUACUCAUACAGAUUUACUAUGCCAAUAAUAAAAGUAAAUGUCAGUUAAUCAUAGCAAUAAAUGUUGAAAUACAGAAUUGGACAAAAGCUCUUACAAAGUGACAUGAAUUGGACUAUGCUAAUAUCUUUCAUUAUACUCAGCAAUGCAAUUACUGUUAUAAAUGGUUACAUUCGCGGAUGCUACUAUACUAACUGGGCCCAAUAUCGAAACGGAGAAGGCAAAUUCUUACCUGAAGAUAUCCCAAAAGGCUUAUGCACUCAUAUUCUUUACGCAUUCGCUAAAGUCGAUCAGUCAGGCACGUCACUAGCCUUCGAAUGGAACGAUGAAGAUACCGAAUGGUCGGAAGGGAUGUACUCACGUGUGACAAAACUGAAAGAGAGUGACCCAGAACUAAAAGUCCUUCUUUCCUAUGGUGGUUACAACUUUGGGUCACCAACCUUCACUGCAAUCGCAAAGUCAGCGGAGAAAAGGAAACAUUUCAUUGAAUCAGCAAUAGCAUUUCUCCGCAAGAACAAGUUUGAUGGAUUCGAUCUUGACUGGGAAUAUCCAACAGGUGUGGCUCGGGAACAUGCCGAACUUGUUGAGGAAAUGAAAAAAGCAUUUGUGAAGGAAGCCAAAACAUCCGGCAAGAAACGGUUGCUUCUUACCGCCGCCGUAGCAGCAGGAAAAGGAACUAUUGAUGGAAGCUACGAUGUUCAGUCCCUGGGAAAAAAUUUCGAUCUCCUAUUCCUGAUGUCGUAUGAUUUGCACGGUAGUUGGGAGAAGAACGUUGACUUGCACGGAAAGUUGCAUCCAACGAAAGGAGAAACAUCCGGAAUUGGCAUCUUUAAUACUGAAUUUGCAGCAGAUUAUUGGGCUAGUAAGGGUAUGCCGAAAAAGAAAAUUAUCAUUGGGAUUCCGACCUACGGCAGGGGAUGGACACUUAACAAUCCUUCAGAAACAGCGAUCGGAGCAGCGGCAAAUAAUCCAUCGUCAGCAUCGACAACAAAUCCCGCUGGCGGUACUGCGGCUUACUGGGAGAUAUGCAAAUAUCUGAAAGAAGGCGGCAAGGAAACGGUUGAUGAAAAAGGCGUUGGAGCGUAUAUGGUAAAAGGAAAUCAAUGGUACGGUUAUGAUAACGAGGAAACUAUCAGAAUUAAAGUAAUUUUGACUUCGUUUGUUGUUAUCACCAUUGUCCUCUUAACAAUGUUAUCAUUCUCGUUAUUGCCGAGAGUGGUAAACUUAUAA